UAGAAAUCUUCACUGUGCCAUCGCCAUCGCCAUCGCCAUCGCCAUCAUUGCUCUUCAUCUCUCGCUCGCUCGGUCUGCUACGGACAAAACGAUCCAUUUCCGCGCGAAACGACGGGGAGCUCUUUUUCCUUACAUGACAAGCCAAGUGUCAGCUCCCCGCCACCAACCGCCGACAACCACUUCGAGGGUUCUGAGAUCGCGCGCGCUCCGGGGAGGCCGUUGCCAGGAUGGCGUCCUUCCUCAAAUUGUUCUACCGGAAGCCGCCCGACGGGCUCCCGAGAUCUGCGAACGGGUCUACGUGUUUGAUUGCUGCUUUGCUAGUAAUGUGUGGACGGAGGAGGACUACAAGGUUCAUAUGCGAGGAAUAGUUAGCCAGUUUCAAGAUCACUUCCAUGAGUCUUCUAUUCUGGUGUUCAAUUUUCGUGAAGGAGAGGAGCAAAGCAAACUGGCUAACAUUCUCUCUGAGUAUGAUAUGACCAUCAUGGACUACCCUAGGCAGUAUGAGGGCUGCCCCUUGCUGACAAUGGAAAUGAUUCAUCAUUUUCUGAGGUCAUGUAAGAGUUGGCUUUCUCUUGGUCAUCAGUUUUGCUGCGUCGCCGUCGCCCACUAAUCUGCAAUAGUCGUGACCGGACGCCUAGGUAGUUUCGCUUUCAGCCGCGACCGGACGCCACCGGAGCCCACACCGCCGGUCUGCUCGCCUCCGCUCACCUGCUGGUCCCUCUUGCUGGAGCUCCACGUCGGCGUCUUCCCCCUACCAGAACUCUGACUGGCGUUGCCCCCUUAGUUGAUUGGGCUGCCAAGCACUAUUUGGAAAAAAAGAAAAAAAGAAAAGCGAACUAGCUAGAUUUUCUUUCUAUUUACUGUAUUUUAUUUUUUUAUUUUAUUUAGUAGAAUUAUUCCUUGAUGUAUGAUAGAG